GGAAUACAAUGCUGGCAUCCUGAUGAGAACAAGGUUUUAAGCAUUAGUCUUCCAGACAUGGGACUAAUCGGCGAGUUUCCACUAGGCAUUCGAAACUGCACUUCUUUAAUUGCUCUAGAUCUUUCAAGCAACAAGCUAUAUGGCACCUUCCCUUCGGAUAUAUCAAAAUUUAUCGGAUUUGUUGUAACACUUGAUCUCUCGAGCAACGAAUUCUCAGGCGCAAUACCUGUUAGCCUUGCGAAUUGUCAUUUUCUUAAUAACCUCAAAUUAGAGAACAAUUAACUAGAAGGUCAGAUCCCACCGGGAAUUGGCUUGUUAGGUCGACUCAAGACGUUUAAUGUUGCCAACAACAUGUUGACAGGGCCAGUACCAAGGUUCAUAAAUGUCAAUUUUCCAGCUGAAAGUUAUGCAAAUAAUCCAGGACUUUGUGGUGAACCUCUGGAACCAUGUGUUGCAGUUGGGAACCAUCAUUUUCGAUUUAAAACCGUAUUGAGCCGUCGUGUUCUGUUUGUUUGUGGCUUUCUGACGGGUUGGUCGCUUUCAACAUUAGUUGGUAUCUAUCUUUUUUUCUUAGGCUUACCUGGUGUAAAAAAGAUUCUUCUAUUGAUCAAGAACAGAACAAAAGUAAUGGUGAUUGCUGGAAAUGAAUGGCCUCUAGAAGAAGUAAACAACCACCCAAAGAAUUUAAAUCUGGAGAUGUUUGUUACAAGAAUGAGUUUUGUUGAACUAUCAAAAGCGACUUCGAAUUUCGGCCAAGACAAUGAAAUCGGGAACGGAAUGCUGGGAAAAGUGUACAAAGCACUGGUCCCAAAUGGAUGGACAGUUGCUAUAAAGAGGUUCCAUGUUUCGGAAGAUUUGGAGGAAGAGUUUGUUUCUGAGAUCACGACUCUGCGUAGUCUGAGGCAUCCGAAUUUGCUGCCUCUAAUUGGAUUUUGUUCUGAGAGGAACGAGCGGCUUCUAGUUUACAAGUACAUGAGUAAUGGAAACUUACAUGAGUGGUUGCACUCAACCGAUGACAAUGCAAGACUUUUGGACUUUCCUCUAAGGGUUAAAAUUAUUGUUGGCGUCGCGAAAGCCCUGGCUUGGCUUCAUGAUGGUGGAAAUUUUCAUGUUGUGCAUAGUAACAUAAGCUCACAAUGUAUCUUGCUCGAUGAAAAUUUUGAUCCCAAGCUGUCCAAUUUUUGGGAGGCAACCCUUGCAAAAACAAAUGACAUAAAUUCAAACUUGAGUCUAUUGCCAAUAGUCGAGUCUUUCGACUUUACAACAUACAAGAAAGAUGUCUAUCGAUUUGGGGUUGUGCUUCUCGAGCUUUUAACGCGGAAAGAAUCUUACGAAUUGAGCUGCUCAAGUCUAAAUUUGUCCAGCAGCUCUUUCGCCGGUCCUCUUGACGUGGAUAAACUACUGUUAGGCCAAGGAUUUGAUGACAUGGUAAUGCAGCUACUUGAACUCGCAAGUAACUGUAUGAAAUUCAUUCCUGACCAAAGGCCAACAAUGCUACAAGUGAAUCUGACAGUUGCUGCAAUUGCUCGAGUCCACGACCAAACAGGGAACCCUGAGAUACAGUUGCACGUGGACUAGAAGCAGGGGCGGAGAAACCAUCUUAAAUACGAGUAGCUUUGGCUCAAACCAUGUAUUUGUGUUAAAGGAACCAUUUCAUAUGUAUAAAUAAUCCAUCUAGAUUGACCCUGUUUUCUAUGGUUUUUUCACGUGGAAUAAAUAUGUUUUCUUGAAUGAGAAUAAAUAUUCAAUA